AUGGAGGCGCGGAUGAGAAGGAGAAGCUUAUUUGUUCUCUUGUUUCUAGCAAUGGUAGUUGUUGAGUUGAGAGGUGAUGAGGGAACAAACAGCAAUGCUGAUCAUACCAAAGUCAAUGUCACUUUUUUAGAUCCUGCCAUGCUACAAGGAAGUCAAAACAAAACUUCUAACACCGAAGGUGUGGUCAACUACAACAAAAACAGAUAUGGUGGAUACUAUAGAGGGGGAGGGGGAGGGGGAGGGGGAGGUGGUGGUGGUGGUGGAGGCGGCGGCCGCAGUUUUGGAUGGGGAUGGGGUGGGGGAGGGGGUGGUGGUGGUGGAGGAGGGGGAGGUGGAGGGAGAGGGGGAGGUGGUGGAGGGGGAUGGGGAUGGGGAGGAGGUGGUGGUGGUGGUGGUUGGUAUAAAUGGGGGUGUGGUGGGAAAGGGAAAGGAGGAGGUAGAGGCAUUAACCACCACCGGAUGCAUAGGAAGAGAGUAUUCAGCAACGAGGACUACAAGCUUGGAGAGUUUGCGCAAUGUAUGGGAAAAGGACGGUGUAAAGGCAUGAGGUUAGAUUGUCCUCUCCAUUGUGGAGGCCCUUGCUUCUAUGACUGCCAACAUAUGUGCAAGGCUCACUGUCGACGUUCUUGA